GUAUCCUACUCACCCGCAAUUUAAAUUUGUACAUACACCCAUCAACAAGAUUCUACUGAAUUAGAGCCCCUUCAGACUCACGGUGAGGUACAGAGAAAGAAUUGAAUCGAGGAAGAUUUGGUGAAAAAGGAAAAGAAAACUAUGGAAAUUGGCAGCGGAAGUGGUAGUAGCAAUAAAGCGAUACCAGAAUCAGUAAUGGAGGCGGUCAGAAGAACAUCGGGCAACAUGGAUGAAGUGAAAGCCAAUUUGGAAGAGUUUUUGUCUUACUGUACUACUGAAACCCUUUCAAGAAUGGAGCCUCUUGAAAGGGCUCAAGCCCUCUUCUUGGUUGCCAAAGCCACAACCACUCUCUUCGCUUUGAGGCUAAGAUGCAAAGGUAUAGACCCAGAUGAUCAUCCGAUCAAAAAGGAGCUUGAGAGGUUGGAGUUGUACCAAGAGAAAUUGCAGCGAUCCAUGGACUUGCACAAAGCACCACUUCGACCGUCAGCCACCAUUAAUCCCCAGGCAGCAGCCCGUUUCAUUGAGCAUUCCCUGCCUGAUCUUUCCGCUGAGCAGAAGAAAAGCAUGCGGGAAAUUAGUCGAGGAGAGAGCUCAAGAAGUAAGUACUCGGACAGAAGUCUCCAAAAGAAGAGAAAGUACCAGUCAUCUGAGAAGCAAUCUGUUCGUGCUGCUGCUCAGGAGUUUCUUGAGAAAGCAGCUCGUGAGCUACUUGGAGAUAAUAAAAAUGGUGUUAAAGGACCUUUACAACCUGAGGAUUCAGAUGACGAUGUCAUAAUUCUGGACUGAUCCUCUGGUUUUGCUUGCUGGAUUUGGGUCAGUGUGUUGCUAGAUCUCAAGGCGCGGUCGGCUGUUUAUCUGAUUGGAAUGUUGUGGCUUCCUUUCUCUACUCCAGUGAAUGGUAUUAGGCCCCAAUUUUGUGCUAGAAUAGUCAAUUUUGAGUAAGCUUACUAGUAGUGACGAUAAAGAUAUUGAUUAAGCUAUGACCAAAUCUUGGAUUCUUUUGAUAUAUGCUGCUUUUCUUAUCUGUUGUUUCUAAUUUGUGAGCUUGCUACCAUCCAGGUCGAGUACUAUUAUGGUUAUAUUGUGGUGAAAUGUUUGCUUUUUUUUGCCAUUCGGAAACUAAACCAGGUCUAAAUGUUUUCAAACUCCUGAACUGUUAUGACCUGCAGUCGGAACUUAGUAGAGUUUGAACUAUAAUUAUAUA